AUGAACCCUUUAGCCAAGGUGAAGCUGAUCAAUGAACUGAACGAGCGAGAGGGUCAGCUGGGGGCAGAAAAGGUGUCUUGGCACUCGUAAUACAAGGACAGCGCCUGGAUUUUUCUUGGAGGGCUUCCUUAUGAACUGACAGAAGGAGACAUCAUCUGUGUGUUCUCACAAUAUGGGGAGAUUGUCAACAUUAAUCUUGUGAGAGACAAGAAGACUGGGAAAUCCAAAGGAUUCUGUUUCCUGUGUUAUGAAGAUCAGAGGAGUACAGUUUUGGCUGUUGACAAUUUUAAUGGAAUUAAGAUCAAAGGAAGGACUAUCCGUGUGGACUAUGUGUCAAACUACCGGGCUCCUCAGGAAUCAGAAGAUGUGGAUGAUGUGACCAGAGAGCUGCAUGAGAAAGGCUAUGGGGCUAAUACACCUCUGUCAAGUUCUCCUGAGGUCUCUGAAGAUGAAGAUGUCAAACCCACAAAAAACAAUAAAGGGAAAAAGCAAAAAAAGAAAGAAAAAGAGAAUACUGAACACAGAGAACUAGCAGAAUCGCCGUCCUGCUCUUUGUCCUCCAGCAGCAAGACAGCAAAGGAAAAGGAUGACCAUGGCCCAAAGAAGCACAGCAGCAAGAACUCAGAGAAAGCCCAGAAGUCUGAAUCCAGAGAGGGAAAGAAAAACCAACCAGACUCCCCUGAUAUCAGGAGUUCCUUCCAUGGUAGAGCAGAGGAUCCCGAGUGGGAGCCAAAGAAAGAGAAACCCAAGCAUGAGCAGAAGUCCCCGAGCAGGAGGGAAGGAGAAGAAAAGAGCAGAGAUAAAGAUAGAGGGAGGAGCUCAGUUGUUGCUUAUUCCAGCAGGCAUGGUGGGCAUUGUGAAGGGCGGAGUCAUAGAAGCAGAAGUAGAAGUCCCAAUAAGUCCCAUAAGCAUAAAAAGCAUAGGCACUCCCAGGAGCGGGAGCCCUUCCAUGCCAGUGACCAUGGACAUUACUGA